UCGACGCACCCAAAGCAGAGUUAGUCGCUGCUAGAGCUCUUAAUGUUACGUAUCUGGCUCGUUCAAGAAUAGUUUUUGUGCUCUAACCCCACCGUUAAUUAUAAAAAUAUUUAAACGGACACUUUUAUAUUUUAUAUAAUUUAUUGUAUGUACUAUUUUCAGGCUCUUUUCGCAACGGCCGUCGUUCACGCAAAUCGGAACACAGUGGCGCUUUUAAAAGUCCUCCUCCAUGGCCGUCCUGUGGUCAAAGAUCGCUGCUCUUCUUCCGACCGACGAGGACCACUUCCUGCUGCACUUUAGUGACAAGGUGGAGGCGAGCGUUGUGGACAUGCUGAGGCGGUCCAGGCAGCAGCUCUACACAGACACUAGCUCCACCAGUCGCCUGCUUAAUGCUCAGAUCAUCCUGGACAUCUCCUGGGAGAAGCUCAACACGGGGACUUGGCGCCACGUGGACAAGGAGUGGAGAAGGGUGUACUCCUACGGCUGCCUCUUCAAGGUGUGCGGCCUCUGUCGAGAGGAGCCCUCAGAGCAGGACCUCCUACAGGCUAUCCGCACCUGUGACAUGGGUCUCCUCAUGGGUGCGGCCAUCAUGGACGACAGGCUGCAAGUUCUGGUCCAGAUUCUACAGAAGGAAGUCAGCAAAGACACCAAAAAUGAGGUUGGAAGAGAAGUUCCAGAGGCCAAGAGAAUUAAGAUGGCAUGUCCAGAUGUCCCACUGAUCCGAGUAGAUGUGGCAGUUCCCAGAGUUAAAUGUCCGUCUCUGGAGAGCUUCAAGAACAACUACCUGCUUCCCCUCAAAGCGGUGGUCUUAGAGGGGACCAUUGAACACUGGCCUGCUCUCAAUGAGCACCCCUGGAGUGUAGACUACUUGAGGGCCGUGGCGGGCUGUCGGACCGUCCCCGUGGAGGUGGGCUCCAGGUACACAGAUGAGGAGUGGUCCCAAACGCUGAUGACGCUCAGUGAAUUCAUCGACAGAUAUGUUUCAAAAACGAGUGACACCUCACAGGAGGGGGCGACAACCAUCUGUGGCUAUCUAGCUCAGCAUCAGCUGUUUGAGCAGAUACCGGAGUUGAAGGACGACAUCCGUCUCCCUGAUUACUGCUGCCUGGGUGAUGGAGACGAAGAUGACGUGACUGUGAACGCGUGGUUCGGGCCUGCGGGCACCGUGUCUCCCCUCCACCAGGACCCCCAGCAGAACUUCCUGGCACAGGUGGUUGGACGCAAAUACAUCCGCUUGUACUCCCCAAAAGACUCGGACAAGCUCUAUCCGCAUCCCUCUAAGCUCCUUCACAACACCAGCCAGGUAAGGUUUAGACGCGCUUUGAAAAUACAUUUUGGCACUGACCCCCUUGUGGCAGGUGGAUGUGGAGGACCCCGACACAGAGCUUUUCCCGGAGUUCGCCAAGGCUCCGUACCAGGAGUGUGUGCUUCAUCCCGGAGACGUGCUCUUCAUCCCAGUCCAGCAUUGGCAUUACGUGCGAUCUUUGGAGCAGAGCUUCUCCGUCAGCUUCUGGUGGUCCUGAAAAAUACAAAGAAAAACAUCUGGUUAAGCUGCGCUCUUGCCAGUCAUGGAUUGGAAUCAAUCACGGCCCUGAUUAGAAUUGGGAGCAAAGGCGGGGAUAAUUGAGGUGAAUGUCAGUACAAGCGCAAGCGCUGCGGACCUCUGAUCCGUGAACAAUGAGCGCACGCCGUUGGAUGAUGAGUUUAAUUGCACUGCUGAUGAUUGCAAAAACAUCUAUUGUGUGUCAACCCACGAAGGCGGAGCAAGAAAUGAAAAGAAAAAAAACAAACCAGCAGUUAAAAGUGUUCUUCUAUUUCAACUCGAUGGAUUUUGUUCUUUUUUGUGUGUGUGUGUUCAAUUGUACUCUCAACCUUUUAAUCCCACAAAUAUCCUCAGGUGGGCUAUUUCCAUAAUUCAUGCAAACGAGGCGAGCGAGCUGCAGGGACCGCGGUGCUGUUCUAAACAUGGUUCUGGUUAAAGAGGGGCGCAGCUGAGGAGUAACAAAUGAAGCAUCUCCCAGGGCGCGCACAAACACACUUUGUGAAUGCUUUCACUGAGUUUCUGAGACAAACACACUGAGACCUCUGGUGAACCGAGCCAUGGCUAAUUAGAACUUCCACCAGCAGGAAACCACUGAAGUCCAUCCUGUGUGAUGAGUGCAUUUUGAUGAUCGAGUGGCGGCGUUCGGGGAAAUCAACGUCGAGUGUGAUUGGAUUUAAUGGAAGCGGACAGGACAUUUAACAGCCAUAACAAUGUCACCACUGGCCGCAUCCAUUAGAUUACACGAGAGUUAGACAUUGCUGUACACCAUUUGAUUAGUUAUAGUGCUUCCCAUACAUUCAAGAAGUCAUACACCUCCUUUUUUAUUUAAAAAAAAAAAAAAAAAAAAAAAAGCAACUAGCAACAAAUCUAGUGAUGAGACUUUUGCUUUUCAUAUUUUUUACUCACUUUUUGCAAAUGCCUCAUGACCAAUUAUGGUCAUUUUCACAAUGUCAUCUCCACCUCACAACAGUGCAGUUCUGAGUUCUAUUGAUCAUUCAUGGAAUUACAUCAGUGGUUUUCACCCAACAUUGUAGAACGCUGGAACAUGAACCAAUUAACAUAAUCAAACACAUCAAUUUGGUGCAAAUCCAGAUAAAGGUGCAAAUUAAACACUAGACAAUGCCGAAGUGGGGAUCAAGUGGUGCACUGACCCACCAGAUCCAGUAGGUGGAGCCGUGUGUGUGUGUUUGUAUAAGAUAUAGUGUGCUGUGAGAUCAUGAGCAUUACUGCCACCUACAGUAUUGAACGGAAACAGUAUCAGUCUUGGUGAGGUCUGCUCUCUGCUGUGUGGCAUUCUGGUUCAUCUAUUUUUAAGAAAAUAGAAAAAAAUGGGGGCCAUUUUUUAGAAAAAUAAAUAAAUAUUCAUAAAUCUAUAAAAUAAAUAUAUAUGAAAUACAUUCAUGUAUAUUUUAUCUAUACAUAUUAAUUUUGUAAAUUUGUAUAAAUAUACUGCUUUAAAAAAAGGGAACACUAGACAUCCUAGAUAUGAAUGAAUGAAUGCAUAUAUUAUUAAAUAUAUUUACAUAAACGAUAGAAAUAGUGAAAGGGUGAAAUAGUACCAAAAAAACAACUAUAAUCAAUGUUACCUUAGCUAUAGCAGAAGGAAAAAAACAGCAAAACAGACCUGAAAGGCAACAUGAACGCCCCUGCAGUAGUUUGACUGUCCUGGGUGUGUUUUAUUCGAAAAAACACGGCACUGUGCCUUACAAAAAUGUGCAUUAGACAGGUUCUUGUGUGAACGGUGACUGCAGCCAUGACGCCCAGCGUGAGCUUCAGUAAGUCGCACAAUUGACUUAAGGUGGCACAAAUCUGCUUACUCUCCUUAUGAAGUGAUCAAUACUCAAUUACCAAACAAGUAAUGUGCACUCCCCUCCCUUACUUCUUGUCCUCCUGCAUCCUCUGCCUUUUUGAUUAAUGGCCUUGAUGCCUUUGCAGCGACUCUGGGGCAAAUUCAUUAACAUUCCUCUUGUUUUGUGAUACUUAAGUGCACGUCUUUAAAUAUGGCAUAAAGUUAUCUUGGAGACAUUGAAACACAAAUGUUCUUUUGCUGAAGCUGUACCCUUGACUCACCUUGGAAGUCUUUUCCUCCACUCGACGGUGGCAUUAGAUACACCUGCAUCAUUUAAAAAUAUAAUAAAACAUAAUUAAGAGCUUUAUUUAGCGAAAAAAAACAUGCCACAAAAACAUCAAACACGCUAACCCUAGCGUUACUAUGUGCUAGCAUUGACCAUUCCGCCAUUAAUGCUGAAAAAAAGCACAAAGAAAAAUUCGUGGCUUUUUCAACUUUAACAUGACAAAAUGCUAAGUAAUCAGUAACAAAAAUAUCUUUGACGGAAGCUCUCUGCUUUUUUAAGUUAGAUAUGUACAUGUAUAUAUUUUUUUAAAUAAUUAUUUUGAAUAAAGAUGACUUACCGAGCUUUUAAUCAUAUUGUGCUGUCAUCCGCUAUUCUGCUCACAGCCACUAGGGGGCAGAAUUUCAUUGUGGCACGACGUUGGAGCGUCAAAAUGAAUGGAGGAAGUGCAUUAUAACAAACAAUUCGCUUUAUUAUUUUUUUCCAAAAAUGAUGUCGGCUAGUUAGCAGUGGUUUUAUAUAUACACGGAUCUGUGUGUUUUCAAACGUUAAGACUCAGCAUAAAAAAAUGUGUCUAGACCACAAAACAGAGAUUGUCCAGCGCUCUUAUUCUGAGAGAUAUUUUAUCAAACAGGAAAAAAACAACAAAAAAACCCUAUAAAAGCCAGGAAGUGACAGUUUGAAAUGCAUUAAAAAUAUUUCCAAAAACAAGCUGGCGGCUGGUAGUAAAUGUUAGAAAGCGAGAGUAGUGUUAAUGAACACUGAUCACAGUGUGGGUGGUGUCACGCCAUUAGCAAAUAUGCAAAGUACCUGCUUGGUGAUAAUGGUGGCAGUGAUAAUGAUAAAAAAUUACAUUUUGGAGCGCAUAGUUCAAGUGCAUUGGCUAACAAGGCAAAGCUGCACGGGUUCUGUAAAAAAAAAUACAAAUCCAGUCAUUCCAGUGGCUCUGCAGAGAAGUUGUACACGCGCUCCGCCACAAAGAAGCAGAGCGUGCCGCUGAAGCCCAGGAUGACCAUGAGGAGGAGCUGCCACAUGAGCAUCACGUCGCCACUGUAGAAGAAUGCCACUGCUGCGAAAACAGACUGAGGACGGGGUGCAGUUUUUAAUUCAUCAUUAACAUUGACAAUACGACUUUUUAAUUCAGUAAAGCGUCCACUCAAUGAUGUUUGCAUGUACAUAAAAGUGGCUUUUCGUUUGUUUAAAAGUGAAUUCAUUUCACACUUCACAAGGCAACGCCUCCGCCCCCUUCCUUCCUUCCUUACGCUAACAACGCUUGACAAUUGCCAAUUUGGGAUUACCUGGAUGAAUUUGAAGAUGGCGAAGGCGGGCGUGCUCUGCUCCGUGUAGACGCAUCCUAAGAUGCUGUAGAGCUGCGUGUUGAAGCAGCUGUCUCCCAGGCCGAGCAGGAAGCUGCACAGCAGGGCGAUGGACACGCUGCAGGACAAU